AUUAUCUGUUAUAUCUGUUUCAGCUUCUCUCUGUUCGGGGUGUGUCUGAUGGCCUUGCAUCAGGCCCGGUAUAUCCUCAGUGAGUUCUCCUCCCCCAGCAUCAGGAGCAACCACAACUCUGUCCUGUCCCGCGACAACGACUCCGUCAAUAACAUCACACCCAACGGCAUAAAUAAAACAAAGGGUAGUUGUAAGAGCUAUGUGGACACCUGUCACACCUCUGACAAAGGAAAGGGGCGUGGCUCUCCAGCCCUGGCAAACAGCCCCGUCCAGCGACCCCAACCAUCCUCAAAGAAAGCCUCCUUAACCACCCCCACCCAAGCACAGAAGAAACACAAGGUUUCACUCUAUUACACCAAACAUAAGUCCAGCUUGUCCACAGCAGCGCCUGAUGCUGUUAUGAUGGAUGAAGAGCAUGAAGACCUGACUCAGGACCCUCCUCUGACCCCAGACUCUGACGUCUGCAACAACAACGAACCAGCUUUCAUCAGUGAGCACGUUGAAAAGAUUUCCGCAGACUUUAAAGACGACUCCCACAGCACUGUAGAAGAAAGAGUGCCAGCAGCGGUUAUGUUUCCCACGGAAACGCCUGCUAGUUUCCCAGACAACGUGACAGUAGGUCCAGGACCUAGACCCGGCCUGUUGCUGUGCCGACCUGUAGAGAAGAAGUGCACCGAGCACUACGCAGAGAAGAUCAACUCUGAGAAAAGGGACGGCUCUGAAAUGGAGCUAAGAGAAGAAGGCAAAGGCCAGAAACAGAAAGCACAGAAUGCAGAGGCUGGCACUGCAUCAGGGAAUAAUAAGGGAAAGAGGAGUCGCAGGAAGACAGAAACCGUCUCCAGCGCCCCUGAGCACAAUGUGGUCGUGAUACAAGAGAGGGAGAAGGAACCCGAGUGGAAAACAAGCGAGCGUAACAUCAGCGGACCCCGCAACAGGAACCGCUGCUGCAACAUCUCCAAGUCAGAAGCACCAAAGCCUGCACUGAGUGUUGAGAGCCCCCUCAAACAGAAUGUAGGUGUGUGUCCUGCUCGUACUCGACGGAAGUGUGCCACCGAGCGUCAGGGUGGGGCAGUGUGUGAGUCGGGCUCGGACUCGGGCAGCUCGUCGGGCAGCGUGCGGGCCAGCAGGGGCAGCUGGGGCAGCUGGAGCAGCGCCAGCAGCAUGGAGGGAGAGAAAGACGCCCGAACACACGCCUACUCUACCUCAUCUAGAAAAAGGGAGCCCAUGCAGUACGGCGUCUACCCAGUAGAGAGAGACUGCUACCAGAACAUGAAUAAAAACUACAAGGCUCUCAGCAUGAACAGCCUGUACCGUAAAGAAGUGUGCCAAAGCCCUGACCCCCCCGCGCCCAGCUUCGCUCCGAGUUUUGCUGCCGUGGCCGCAGGAGUAGACCGGAACAUGGAUCUGACAGGUCAGUAUCUGCCUGAAGAGACGUGGUCCGCUCCGUCCAUCCCCCUCACCAAUGAGUUCAGAUACAACACCACCGAAGCCCUGCCCUACAUACCUCAGCCACCAACCUCUGCCUCAUACAACGGGUUUACCUGGAGUAGUGCCAACAGCCAGUGCAACAGUCCCUACACCUACUGUGAGGAAAGGAAAUACAUAGGUAAUGGAACAUUUCCAAGUGGUUAUCCCGGUCAGGAGGUCCAGCAUGCACACAGCAACCAGAGCAGCUGGAGUGAGGAGCCGCAGCAGGAGUCGCCCUCAGCCUGGGACACAGCAGCCUGUGUGGGUAGCAAGCCAUACUUCUCGGGAACCCGCAGCCUCUCCCCCAUGUCCAGCCUGUUUGGAUCCAUCUGGACGCCUCAGAGCGAGCCUUAUCAGAGCCACUUCCACCCUGAGCGCUCAGCCCCGAUGUCCCCUGUGUCCCCCGUGUCCCCCAUCACCCCGCCUCACUCCCCCUUCACCCGGGAGCCAGAGGUGACCUGCGCACCGAUGCUGUACUCCAGCUUCAACCCCUUCGGCCCACACAUGAACCUGGACAUAUGGAACUCUUCCUCCAACCGCAGCUCCAACUCACAACUCUCCAACGACUCUGGCUACUGUGGAGAUGUUUAAAAAAAAAAACAGAAAGCGGCACACCUUAACAAUAAUUUCAAGCAUAUAAAAACAUGUUAUGUAAAAGAAA